UUAAACAAAGGCCGAUUCCUUGUGUUCAUUUUGCUCUUGGACUGACAUGCAGCAGUAGCUCUCAUUUCGAGACAGAAGCUCCUUGGAACAUUUGUGAAAUUAGACCUCAGCAGAAAUGAACACAGCUCCCCCUGCAGGAAGCGCCCUGGCAACGCCCGCUGGAACAGCUGGCCCCACCACCCCCAAGAAGGGACCCCCCAAGUUCAAGCAGAGGCAAACCCGUACAUUCAAGAGCAAGGCCCCCAAGCCUGGCCAGAAAGGAUUUGGUGAUGACAUCCCCGGCAUGGAGGGUCUUGGCACAGACAUAGCAGUGGUCUGCCCAUGGGAGGCCUACGGCGACAUGGAGCUCAGUGAUCUGGCAAAAUAUGGAAUCAUCUAAGACUGCUGCCUCCUGCCUUCCCUUAACCUCUCCGCUCUUGACCCUUUCCUUCUGUGUUAGUCUGGCGCGCCACCAUAAGGCGACUGGCCAUCCCCCUAAAGUCGUCUCGUCACUCCACGCUGUUCUUAAGUCUGUUGUGGUCAGGCACUGCGGCCUGAAAGACCACAUACGGUGGGCAGACGGAACACAAAACUGUUUAUUUGUAUUAUUAUCAUAUAAUAGUAUUAUACUGUAUUUUAUACAGGACAUAAGAGAUACUUGAUGUGAUACAACAAGAC